UGGUGAAAACAAAGAACUCUAAUAAAGAAUUGGUACUUGUAGUAGAUACUAUGAAACCAUUGCAAGUUAUUUUGCCUCCAGAUAGGAUGAGAAUGAAGAAGACACCACGGAAAAAACAGCAGUACAGAGUCCAAAAAAGAUAGCAGAAAAAGAUGAAGUUAAACAGCCUGCCUCUCGAAAGAGAACAAGAACAAUAGAAGAUGAAGAAGAAGAUGAAGCAGAAAAAGAUGAAGUUAAACAGCCUGCCUCUCGAAAGAGAACAAGAACAAUAGAAGAUGAAGAAGAUGAAGUUAAACAGAGUCCAACAAAGCGAAUGACAAGAUCUGUCACACAACAAGAGAGAGAUUCUCAUAAAAUGGACAAGAAAGAGAAGAAGAAUGACAAGAAAAAGGGACUUAGCCCUGUUAAACAGAAGAAAAACGACAAUAAAGAGAAGGACAAAAAGAAGAAUAUACAAGAAGAAGAAGUAGAGGAUGAGGACGAGGAAAAGGAAGAAGAAGAAGAAGAACAAGUUCACAAGCCAACGAAAAAGGAAGCCAAUCAAAAAUCUAGGUCUAGUCCAAAGACGAAGCGACUUAGCCCUAUUAAACGGAAGAAGAAUGACAAGAAAGAGAAGGACAAUGUGAAGAAGAACGACAAGAAGAAGAAGAAGAUACAAGAAGAAGAAGAAGAAGAAGAAGAACAAGAAGAAGAAGAAGAUACUGAUGAUGAUGAUGAAGAAGAAGAAGAUUACAAAGAAGAAGAAGAAGAAGAAGAAGAAGAAGAUCUUCACAAGCCAAAGAAAAAGGCUGCCCAUCACAAAUCUAGGCGUAGUCCAAAGACGCGCAGUAAGCAACAGAAGCAACAGAGGCAAGUGGCAAAAAGGACAGCAGUGAAGACGCAAAAGAAAAAGGGGAAGAAAAAUGUCAAGAAAGAGGUCAAGGAAGAGGUUAAACCUAAGCCUAAACAAAUUCAGUACAGGUCGAGUUUUCAAAAUUUUGUGAAACUCUUGAAGGACAUAAAGUUCACAACUCUCCAGAAAGAGAAGAUAAGAAAAACGCCAUUUGCUAAUCUUAUAUUUGCUCUGGUUGAUGAGAGCUUGACUGAGGCGUACCUGAGGAAAAGCGACCUGCAUGCUCUUUCACUGAUAAGACGAUAUGAGGGAUCGGGAGGGAGGUUCAACCUAGGAACUAAAUCAGUCAAGAUAAUAGCACAAGAGUUUGCACUUGUAUUCGGCAUCCCGUAUGGGCCCAACCGAAUUAAACCAACAACAAAACCAAGGAUGCCAGAAACAAGGUUUGCUAAUGAAAUCUGUGUUCGAGGAGGUAGGAUAAUGACGAAUUCAAAUCUGAAAGAAUACUUCCAAAAAGCUGUGAAGAAAAAGGAUGAAGAAAGUGCAAACGACGUAGCACGUGUGCUAACACUGUAUCUUAUCUCAACAGUGUUUCUCCCAAGCACAGCUUCAAGGGAGAGCUGGAAUUUAAUCGAGUUCAUUGAAGACUUGGAUAGGAUCAGCUCCUAUGACUGGGCAACAUUCUUUACGGAUGAGCUCAUAAGGCAACUGAACGACAAUAUGGAAACACCGGCAUCAACCGGGGGCUGCAUAUCAGGGCUCCUGUAUUGGUUCUGUGAGCACGUGAAAUUGGUAAGCCAAGGAGAUCCAACAAACUUCCCGAGGUUCGUCAAGUGGAGGCUUACCGACCUUAGUGUUGGUUUGGCAAAUAACCCGUUGGAUGUUCUUGAUCCGUUAAUCGUGAACGACUCAAAGUUGGAGGCAACGGAAUUGGAGAAAGAGAUGCUCGGAUUUGUUGAGGUGCCGGAAGAUGAUCAUGUGAAGCCAGAAGAUGGUGAUGACUCAGACCAUGAUGAUGCAAAUACAGAGCUUCAAAAAGAAAAUGAAAUCCUCCGAGAAAAAAUCAAAAGGUUGACCGAGGUGAAUGAGCAAAUCAAAAGGUUGACCGAGGAGAAUGAGCAAAAAGAUGCUACAAUUGCCCAGCUUCAGAAAAGAAUUUCAGAGCUUCAAGACGAGACAUAUGAGGAAACAGUUGCUGAACUCAAUUUUGAAGUGGAGACUGCUCAUGUUGAGAGGGAUUUUUUUGUGAAAGAGGUUGAGCAUAAGGAAGUUGAGAUCUGCAGCGUGCUCGUAGAGAACGACAUUAUAGCUGAAAAGCUAAAAAGAGCAGAGGGAACUAUUGACGACAUAGAGACACAUAUUAUUACCCAACAAUUCAAGACAAGUGAAAGUGUGGAAGAAGAAGAAGAAGAAGAAGAAAAAGAAGAAGAAUGUGGUCCUGAGCAUCAAAUGGUACCGGAUGAAGAAGUGGAAAGGACAACUAUUGAAGCUUUCACGGGUGUACUAGCUGAAAACAGUCCAAAACCAACCAAGAAAAAGAGGAAACAGGUGGACCCUUCAUCUCUUGUACAGAACGUGAAAAAUGAGACAAGAAUAGAGAAGAGGGAGGAUGGUUUCGUCUAUGAAGACCUAAAGAAGGUAAGGAAGAAUAAACAGGAGGAGAUGGAUGAUGUGAUACCAAAAUGGAAAGUUGAAAAAACAAAAUUGGGUAAAUGGCUGGAAGAAGAAGACAAAGCGUUGCUGAAUCUGUUUUAUGACCUAAACCAGGGGCAAGUGAAUGAAGAAGUCUGGACAGACAACGAAACAACUUAUACCAUAACUUUCAAAUCAAUAAUAAAGCUUUUGGAUGAACUAGACAUGGGGAACGAGGUAAUAGACGGGUACACAUCAAUGCUGAAAAGGGAGCAGGAAGUUAAACAACUGAUGCAAGGAAACAGUGCGUUCUUCACAUCCACCUGUUGGGUAAGUACAUUGCCCUUUGCCCACAACAAAACACUGUUAUGUUCACACUGUUUUGAUGUCAUUAUUUGUUCAUGUUUGUGCUAUACCAGAAAUGUAGAUUUUCACAUAUGUUUGUGUUUAUCUAACUAACAUACUUUAUUCCCACAAACACUUAUCACAAUGGCAAACCAGUCCCCCAAAAAGUUUCUCAUUGAUAGCAAACUUGAACAACUCUACAACGAAUUACAUGACAGGAGCUUAGAUUACUUUCGGUACCUUGUUUUCCCGAUGAACUCUUCAGGAAAUAAGACGAACAAAAACAGUCCAUAUCAUUGGACUCUGCUUGUUUAUGAUAUGCAAGAGCAGGAAUGGAAGCAUUAUAAUUCAUUGAAACCAAGAAAGAAGGAGAAAUCAGGCGACCCUUACCUUAAAGAUGCUGCAAUAGUGAAAGAUGCUGUUGAGAAAUUCAUGAAGCAAUUGGAAGAAAGAAGGAGUAGUCAGCUACAAUUCAACUUGCUAACUCCCAUAGAGUCAAUCUUUAAAGAUGGUGCUCAACUAAGAACAGUGCAAGAAGCACCACAACAGAAUAUUGCUUCGGUUGAUUGUGGACCUGUUGUUUGUUAUGUCAUCAAAAAGAUUGCAGAGCUUGAAGAAAUACCACAAAAGAUUGAAAAAGAAGAUGUUUCAGCUUUUAGAGUGCAUUUGGUCCACAAGAUUUUACAUGAUGAGCCAAGAUCAUGGACGAAAGAAACGUGGCAAGACAAAAAACUAUCUCACGAUUUUACUUCUGAUCAGUAGAGAAAUUUGGAUUCAGCACUGGUUUAGGAGCAAAUUCUCCUCUUUUGUUUAGGAACACAAAAUGUGUUAGUGGUUAGUUUAACACUUUGUAGAUGGCAGAACAGUGUGUAGGUUGUUGGUUUGACAGUUUGUAAGUGAUUUGUUUGACAAAUGUGUUAGUGGUUGGUUUAACACUUUGUAGAUGGCAGAACAGUGUAUAUCUUGUUGGUUUGACAGUUUGUAAGUGAUUCGUUUGACAGUUUGUAACUGGUGACAAUCUGGAUUUUGAUAGUUACAUAAAACUUUUAUUUUGGCUA